CUUAUAAGCAAAUUUUGAAAGUGUUAUGCCUUAAUUUUUUCUCUUUCGACAUUUCAAUUUCCCUUCUUCGUAAUAUUCCAAAACCAAAUUCCGAUUGAAAAGUCACCACCCUUCGCGGCUAUCCCCACCCCAGCACUGGCCACCGUCGUGUGACGGAGAAAUGAGAUUUCUACAACUCCGGUGGAAGAAUCCGGCGAAGAUAUCAUCAAACACUCCACUUUCAUUCGGCCCUUUCAAUUCCACAACCCAAACCCGGUGGAAGAAACCAGCAAAUACAGCCCAAACCCGACUGGAAAACCGGACCCGAGACCCGAAUCUCGACAAACUCACAGCCCAAUACCGGAGACUUAAACUCAUCCUUAACCUCUACGACGUCGUAUCUGCUAAAAAACGCGGUCGUUUUGUCUCAGUUCAGUCACUGUCCAAAUGUGCCCCUCAUGCCGGCAUUAACACCAGCACCGCCGGUGAUCUUCUCCGGAAAUACCCCCAUAUUUUUGAGGUAUUUACACACCCUAUUAAGCGUAAUUUAUGCUGCAAGUUUAGGGAGAACUUUGUCAUUUUGCUUAAGCAAGAAGAAGAUUUCAUAUCACAAAAUGAACAUGAGAAUGUGAUGAGAAUAAGGAAAAUUUUAAUGAUGUCUGUUAAUGGUAGUAUACAUUUGCAUGCACUUAGAUUAAUGAGGACUGAAUUGGGCUUUCCUGAAAACUUCAGGGACUCAAUUGCAAUAAAGUAUGAUGAAGUUUUUAGGAUGGUGGAUUUGGAAAUUGUUGAAUUAAUUGAUAGAAAUGGCAUUGAUGAGAGUUCUGGGGUGGCAAAGGUUGAAUCUUGGAGGCAAAAGGAGUAUACUGAGAAAUGGUUGAGUGAAUUUGAGGUGAAAUAUGCAUUUCCUAUUCAUUUCCCGACUGGGUUUAAGAUAGAACCAGGUUAUAGGGAGAAACUGAAAAAUUGGCAAAGGCUUCCUUAUGUUAAGCCUUACGAAAGAGAACUUACGUAUCACUUGAAUGGACAAAAAACUGAACCCUUGGGACAAUCUUUAGGAUGUGAUGAGUUGAUAUCGAGGUCAAAGGGUGUUGGAAAACGUAAGUCUGGAGGGGUUGAGCGGUAUGAGAAGCGAGCUGUGGCGAUUAUUCAUGAACUUCUGAGCUUGACUGUUGAGAAGUUGGUGCCUCUCGAAAGAUUGGCACAUUAUAAAAAGGACCUCGGCAUUGAAGUUAAUAUUCGUGAGCUGUUGUUGAAGCAUCCUGGGAUAUUCUACAUAUCCACUAAAGGGAAUAUUGAGAUUGUUUUUCUUAGGGAGGCAUAUAGUAAAGGGUGUUUGAUUGAGCCGAACCCAAUUUAUGAUUUGAGAAGAAAGGUGUUGGACCUUCUCUUGUUGGGAAACCGUCAUACAAGAGAGUUGAGAACGGAAAUGGAACUGAAGGAUGAAAUUAGGGACAUGACAGAUGAUGAAAAUGGAUGGGAAAACAGAGAGGGUGACUUUGUCAUUCCAAUUCUAGAGAGUUUUUCUGAUCAUGACAACGACGACAAUUUGAAAUAGAAUGGUUGCUUAUCUGUGGCAGAGCUGAUUGGGCUUUCUGAGAUGGAAAUCAGUCAUGAUGAUCUAGGGUUAUUCGAAGACCAUAUUCAAGUCCAGGUAAGUGUGGAGAAACAUUGCCACAGAAUAGAAAGGUGUCAGGUUCGAUAUAUUUGGGGUAAUGCAUUGUUCUUUUCGUUGCUUCUGGUGGAGGACACUGAAUUCUUUCAUAUAUAGUCUAUUAUUGUCAAUAGAAUCUGUCCUCCUACCAAAGACUAUUCUAGUACUCAAAUACACCUUUGUGCCUGUUGAUUUUUGAACGAGGGAGGAAAGGUUGAAGUUCUGGCCCUGCUAAGGCUCGUUGACAUAUGGUAUUUUCAGUGCAGCAAGAGUGGUUCGUGGUGAGGAAUGGACGGGCGAUAUGUUGGAUGACUAUGUAAUGCUUUAAAAUAGCAACUAACUUGGAACACGGAGCUGCAUAAAUUGAGGAUGUUUUUCUUAGAGUAGUUUUACUGAAGCGGAAGGGAGUGAUCUGAAAACAUAUUGUAUGAUUUUCCAGAAAAGACUCUGUUCUAGCCUUUCAGAUGCUUUACGAUUUCCUUUCUCCAGAUAAUCCACAGUAGAACCAAGAAGGAUUCAUUCCA